AUGGAAUCGACCCCAGCUACUUCCCUCCCAGCCCGUCCCAAGCUGCGGGACAGCUGCAACGCCUGUUCGGCCUCCAAGGUGAAAUGCAACAGGGACAAGCCGACUUGCGCGCGGUGUGCGAAACGGGGUAUGACCUGCGAGUAUCUAGUGACUAGAUGCGCAGGACGCAAGCACGACAAAACUCGGCCCCGUAGCAGCACCGGGUCCAGCAACUCACCUCAGCAUCCUCCCCUACGCACCCCCGAAUGGUCUCUGUCAGAGACUCCCAUCGCGACAUCGAGUGAUUUCUCUCAACUGCACUCCUAUUCCGACUCAGACCAGUUGGCCGGCUUGACAGUGGAUUUUGACACCUUCCUGGGCUCUCCCUGCUCUUUCCCUCUCCUCGAUCCCCCCGACAAUCUAUUAGCCUUGUCCAAUCAAUCCGCCCAGGGAAGCGCCGAUAAGAGCUAUCUCGAUGCUCCUUUUAUUUUCGAGGAAGAAUUUCCUUCCCUCACAAAUAACUCUAUACCAGCCGCCCCCAACCCAGCGGAUUCAACCGCCAUAACCAGCCCCGAUAACUCAUCUUGUAGCUGUCUUAUCAAAGCCCUCGACCUAUUUCGCCAAUUACUCCCCCCAGAUUCCGCAACCUGCAUACGAACACACACUCGAGACCGGGGCCUUACGACGGAAUGCGUCGUGGCAACCAAUGCAAAGACCGUCGACGCCAUAACGCAUAUGCUGCACUGUCUAUGCGCUCAUGACGGCUUCUUACUAGUAAUGGUGUUCAUGGCCGCAUUUAAAGUCAUGAACUGGUAUGCAGCCGCUGCCAGAGGACUGAGCCCGGACACGCAAAGGGACGCUGUGUCUGCGGGAUCACUCACUGAAGAUCCUGGUCGUCUGACGGCGCAAUCGGUGCUUAGUGAGCUGCACCGUGUGCAAAAACUUGUGAAUGCACUCUCUGCGAAGUUAAAACGCUACCAAUCGGAUGAUAGCACGGGGGACCGGCCGUUCUCGUCGACGGUGCUGCAUCAGCUGGAGCUGGACCUGAGACAGCGGCUGAGGGCGUUAUCUUUGGAGAUUGUUGACAUUCUGCGCAGGUAA